AUGGACACCUCUGGCAACGGCAUCCUCUCCAAGAGGGAGAUCAAAGCUGGCGUGGACGACCCGUUCACCAAGGCCUACUUCGCGCAGCUGAGCAUCGACAUAGAGAUGAACCCCGAGGAGUUCUUCAGGCUCCUCGACACGGACGGCAACGACCAGGUCGACAUCGAGGAGUUCGUGCAGACCUGCAUGCGGCUGCAGGGCGGCGCGAAGCCCCUGGAGCUCCAGCGCAUCCUGAACAACCUCAACCUGGUGGUGAGGGAGGUGUCCAUUAUCAAGGCCAAUCUGGAGGGAGUCGACGGUCGAUUUAGGUAG